GACAGGAAGGAAGGCUUCAGGGCUAUAUACACACACGCACCCAUUAGGGUCCCCUGAGCAUCCCGACUGAGUUGUACCGCUCCCCUAGCAUUUCUUUUCUUCCCGGGAUCUUUGCCUCUCCCUUUGCCCUGGCUAGGUCUCCUCUGCUGAGCUAGACUGCUUGAUUCCUAUCGCCUCUGAAUCCAGGGACAGGAUGCUGAAGAAGUUUGAUAAGAAGGAUGAGGAAUCGGGUGGGGGUUCCAAUCCUUUCCAGCAUUUGGAGAAAAGUGCUGUGCUGCAAGAGGCUCGAGUAUUCAACGAGACACCUAUAAACCCUCGAAAAUGUGCUCAUAUCCUCACCAAGAUUUUGUACCUGAUCAACCAGGGGGAACACUUUGGUGUGAUGGAAGCCACCGAAUAUUUCUUUGCAAUGACCAAACUGUUCCAGUCCAACGAUCCAACUCUCCGCAGAAUGUGUUACCUAACCAUCAAAGAGAUGUCCGGUAUUGCUGAGGAUGUCAUCAUUGUGACUAGCAGUUUAACUAAAGAUAUGACUGGGAAGGAUGACAAUUACAGAGGCCCUGCUGUGCGAGCUCUUUGCCGGAUCACUGAUAGCAGCAUGCUGCAGGCCAUUGAGCGCUACAUGAAGCAGGCCAUUGUGGAAAAGGUGCCCAGCGUGUCCAGCUCUGCCCUUGUGUCCUCCUUGCACCUUCUGAAGACCAACUUUGAUGUGGUCAAACGCUGGGUGAACGAAGCUCAGGAGGCAGCUUCAAGCGACAAUAUCAUGGUCCAAUAUCAUGCACUUGGCUUGCUGUAUCACGUGCGCAAGAACGACCGCUUGGCUGUGAACAAGAUGCUUAACAAGUUCAUGCGGCAGGGUCUGAAAUCGCCUUUUGCCUACUGCAUGAUGAUCCGAGUAGCCAGCAAACUGCUAGAGGAAGAAGCUGGAGGCCGUGACAGCCCACUGUUUGAUUUCAUUGAGAACUGCUUAAGGAACAAGCAUGAGAUGGUGGUGUAUGAAGCGGCAUCUGCCAUCGUUAAUCUCCCCACCUGCACAGCCAAAGAGCUGGCACCUGCUGUGUCUGUGUUGCAGUUGUUCUGCAGUUCUCCCAAAGCAGCCCUUCGUUAUGCAGCAGUUCGAACCCUCAAUAAGGUCGCUAUGAAACACCCAUCUGCUGUGACUGCCUGUAACCUGGACUUGGAGAACCUUGUGACCGACUCCAACCGCAGCAUUGCCACCCUGGCAAUUACAACCCUGCUGAAAACUGGCAGCGAGAGCAGCAUUGACCGACUCAUGAAGCAGAUCUCCUCCUUCAUGUCAGAAAUCUCCGAUGAGUUCAAGGUGGUUGUGGUGCAGGCGAUCAGCGCCCUGUGUCAGAAGUAUCCACGCAAGCAUUCGGUCCUCAUGAACUUCCUCUUCACAAUGCUUCGUGAGGAGGGUGGCUUUGAGUACAAACGAGCCAUUGUUGAAUGCAUCAUCAGCAUCAUUGAGGAGAACUCUGAGAGCAAGGAAACUGGCCUCUCUCACCUGUGUGAGUUCAUUGAGGACUGCGAAUUCACUGUCUUGGCUACCCGCAUUCUCCACCUCCUGGGUCAGGAAGGGCCCAAGACCAACAACCCUUCAAAAUACAUUCGUUUCAUUUACAACAGAGUUGUGUUGGAACAUGAAGAGGUCAGGGCAGGUGCUGUGAGUGCUCUGGCCAAGUUUGGGGCUCAGAAUGAGGAGAUGUUGCCAAGCAUCAUAGUGUUGCUAAAGAGAUGUGUGAUGGAUGAUGACAAUGAAGUCAGAGACAGGGCCACUUUCUACCUAAGCGUCUUGGAGCAGAAGCAAAAAGCACUAAAUGCUGGAUACAUUCUGAAUGGAUUGACAGUAUCCAUCCCUGGCCUAGAGAGGGCGCUACAUCAGUAUACUCUGGAACCCUCAGAGAAACCUUUUGACCUGAAGUCUGUUCCUUUGGCAACCACCCCCAUCAUUGAACAAAGAAUAGAAAAUAUUCCUGUCUCUGCAGUGAAGCAGCCAGAGAAAGUGGCAGCCACUCGACAAGAAAUAUUCCAAGAGCAACUAGCUGCUAUCCCUGAAUUCCGAGAACUUGGCACACUAUUUAAGUCUUCUGAGCCAGUAGCUCUCACAGAAUUGGAGACAGAGUAUGUGAUUCACUGUACCAAGCACACAUUCACCAACCACAUGGUUUUCCAGUUUGACUGCACAAACACCUUGAACGAUCAGAUUCUGGAAAAUGUCACUGUGCAGAUGGAACCAACAGAAGGAUAUGAGGUUAUUGGUUUCGUACCUGCAAAAAGCUUGCAAUACAAUCAACCUGGUACUUGCUACACAUUGAUCAUGUUGCCUGAAGACGAUCCAACGACAGUAGCCUGUACUUUCAGCUGUAUGAUGAAAUUCACUGUGAAGGAUUGUGACCCAAACACUGGCGAAGCUGAUGAGGAAGGCUAUGAGGAUGAAUAUGUGCUGGAAGACAUUGAAGUGACCAUAGCUGACCACAUUCAAAGAGUUCUAAAGCCAAAUUUUGGAGCAGUGUGGGAUGAAGUCGGUAAUGAGUUUGAAAAAGAAGAGACUUUCACAUUAUCCACUGUUAAAACUCUGGAAGAGGCAGUAAGCAACAUAGUGAAAUUCCUGGGGAUGCAGCCCUGUGAGAGGUCAGACAAAGUACCAGAAAACAAGAAUUCCCAUACACUUUAUCUGGCUGGUGUAUUUCGGGGUGGUCACGACCUCCUGGUUCGUUCUCGCCUUGUCCUGACAGACACUGUGACAAUGCAAGUCACAGCACGAAGUGGAGAAGAGCUUCCUGUGGAUGCCGUUAUGGCCUCUGUCGGCUAAAUUCAUGUUAGGACUCUACUUCAAACUUACUUGCUAGCUGAAGGGAAUGCUGAAGAACUUUCCCUGAAUUCUGAGCACGGAGAAAGAAUCACUUCAACACUGACAUAGAAAAAAAUUAGUCGUGUAGGCUUAAAGCCACAAGAGUGUUUUAUGAAAUGCUGAAUGGGUUACUCUUCAGGUCAUUUUGAAAGAGCAUUUUCUUGCAUACCAACCUGCAGGUUCUUCACCAUGCCUACAAAUUCAUAUGGUCCUUUCAACAGUUGUUGUUGUGGUAAUAGUGUAUCAAAUCUUUCUCUGCAGUGACAACCUUUCUAAUUAGCAUAUUUAAUUAUUGCCAGUUUCUACUUAUGCUUAUGAUUUUUUACAAAGGCUUUCAAAAUAGGCUAUAAAAUAAAAGCAUGCAUUUUCUUUUCA